UUAAAGGGAGGACAGAGAGACAGUUAGCAGAACUGGAUAAAGACUGCAGAAAGAGAGAACAAAUCUUUGUUUUGCAUAUCUUUGCCUGCCAGCUCUCAAGAGAGAGAAUCUUUUUUGCUAGUUAAUCCGAAGAACUGAAAAGUAAGCCGUAGAAAUGAACGCAGAAGGCCCUGCAGGAAGCGCUGGCCCCUCCAAGGGACCCCCCAAAUUCAAGCAGAGGGCAGCCCGCACCUUCAAGAGCAAGGCCCCCAAGCCUGGACAGAAAGGAUUUGGUGAUGACAUCCCUGGAAUGGAAGGUCUUGGCACAGACAUCACUGUGGUCUGCCCUUGGGAGGCUUUUGGUGACAUGGAGCUCAGCGACCUGGCCAAAUAUGGCAUUGUGUAAAUCCCACCCUUACCCCUCUCUCUCCACACUCCCACUUCCUGCCUCCUGUAGUGUGGCCUACAGUUCAGAGUAAAGAUAUAUACUGUACUGUCAUUAUUGUUCUACACUGAAUUGGUACGCGCACAUAUUUACGCUCACAAUAUCUACCUAUACAAGACAAAGACUGUUAAUUCUCUUCAUACCAAUUCAAAUAUUGUGCAUUAUGCAGAUGCUACAGUAAGAUGAGCACCCCCAAAGGAAUAAAAUUUAUAUGAAAACAAAAACAUUUUGGAGAAAGGUGAUGUAUUUCAAAUGGGACAAAUGAAGAUAUCCUUCGAUGUUCACAGUGAUUGAUUUCUUAAUGAGGAUUUUUUUAAAACCAAUUUUCUUCCUCCAACUAUACCCUUUGUGUUGAUCUUCUACCUGUCAAAUUUUUCAAAUGAUCCUGAUAAAUGAUUUUUCUCUUGUUGUUAAAUGUGAGCACAGAUAAUUGAAUUGACUGUAUCUUGCAAAAGGAAUGUAAGUUGUGCUGUUGUUACCAAAAUAAUGCUGUACAAAGUAAAAUUAACAUGGAGCAUCGCUUCUCUCCAGUUUCCCUCUGAGCUUACUUUCCUUCACUACUACAUCAAAGUGUCACAGAAAUAUUUAUUUAUUUAUGUAUGACCAGAGAUUUAUUUUCAAUUAUUUUUAUUGUGCUUUGUCAACUUGAAUGUGUUCGCUAAUAAAUCGAUUAGCAAAACA